AUGGGGCAGCAGGAGAGAGAUGGCAAAAACACCAACAGCUUCGGCUUGGGUUCUAGACAAACUUGCCCUCUGAGUCCUUUGGCCAGAGAGGGGUUAUUCACCCAGCCUCUUCCUUUGCUUUUCCUUCCCUGUUGGUGCCAAAUGGGGUUGAAUACAGUUACCUGCAGGAAAGAGGUGAUCAUGGGAGGACGGAAGAUGCCAAGGGAUGAAGAAAAUGCCUAUGGUUUCCAGGAGUUCAGGUCCGCCCCGCAGGAGCGCAGGCUGCGCCUCCUCCUGGUUGGGAGGUCGGGGACCGGGAAGAGCGCCACGGGCAACAGCAUCCUCCAGCGGAAGCACUUCCUCUCCAGGCUCGCGGCCACGGCGGUGACCCAGGCCUGCGCCACGGGGAGCUGCCGCUGGGCCUCGUGGGACGUGGAAAUCCUCGACACCCCUGACCUCUUCAGCCCCGAGGUCGCCCAGGCAGACCCGGGCUUCGAGGAGAGAGCCCGCUGCUACCUGCUGUCGGCUCCGGGGCCCCAUGCCGUGCUCCUGGUGACCCAGCUCGGCCGCUUCACCGCCCAGGACCUGCGGGCCUGGCGCGGGGUGAAGGCGCUCUUCGGGGCGGACGUCGCGGCGCACGCCGUCGUGGUCUUCACCCGCAGGGAGGACCUGGCGCGGGGCUCGCUGCAGCAGUACGUGCGCGACACCGACAACCGCGCCCUCCGGGAGCUGGUGGCCGAGUGCGGGGGCCGCUGCUGCGCCUUCGACAACCGAGCGGCCGACGGGGAGCGCGAGGCGCAGGUCGGCGAGCUGAUGGGGCUGGUGGAGGAGCUGGUGCGGGACCACGGCGGCGCCCCCUACACCAACGACGUGUACCGCCUGGCGCAGACCCUGGGCGGGCUGAGCCCCGAGGAGAGGCUGCUCAGGGUGGCGGAGCGACUGGCCGCCCGCACGCCGACGUGGCUGGGGCGCUGGCCUCUGGCCGGGCUGUGGCGGUGGCCCAAGGCGGGGCCGGGGACCCGGUGUAAGCUGGGCCUGGCCGCCCUGAUGGGCGCCCUGUUCCUGCUGUACCUACUCUGCAGGCGCCCGCCCGAGGCGAUGACUGCGUGA